AACUAAAAGUGAAAAAUUCAACAAAAACAGAAACAAAUCAAUUGAUUUUAUUCGGCGCUGUGCGGUUGCUGGUCAGUGAAACGCAUAAUCGAUCUGUGAUGUGAUAUUGUUGUAGUUGUUGUUGUCGGUCGCUAUCGCCGCCGACGUCGCUAUUUCUCAUUGUGUGGAAAAACUAACUAAACUUGUUUGUUGUAAAGUAAAAAAAAAAAACUAAACUUGUUACAACUUCAGCCAAAACUAUUUGAUUUCUUUUAGCUAAAAACUAAUUUUGGUUGUUUUUGUUGCUGGUCGCUGGCCAUCAUCUCUUCGAUUGUUAUUUUAAUUUUCGUCACUUUGUCAACGAUACACUCUACGGGGCUACUCCAAGCACGGCUUGAUUUAAAUUCAAACACCGUCUUCAUUACCCAAAACCAUAACACAACACUCUACUCCAGCACUAAAUUAUAAAAUGUCGCACCACAGCGAUGAUCAAUUAUUAGAAGCUGGCAGUGAAUCGUUUUGGGAGCCUGGCAACUACAAACGUACCACCAAACGCAUAGAGGAUGGUUACAAACUCUGCAAUGACUUACAACAGCUCAUACAAGAAAGAGCUGAUAUAGAAAAAUCAUAUGCCAAAAGUUUGCGUGCUUGGUCAAAAAAAUGGGCUGAACUAAUUGAGAAAGGGCCUGAAUAUGGCACAACAGAGGCUGCCUGGAAAGGCGUUUUAACAGAAUCGGAACGUAUAUCAGAUGUUCACAUGAAGAUCAAGGAGAAUUUGUGCAGUGACGUUAGUAGCCAGAUCAAGGCAUGGCAAAAAGAUAACUACCAUCAUACGUUGAUGCAGAUCAAGGAACGCAAAGACAUGGAAGACCUAUUCAAAAAGGCCCAGAAAACGUGGGCGAAAUUAUUGGCCAAAGUUGAAAAGGCAAAAUCGGAAUAUCAUGCUGCUUGCAAAACAGAAAAAAGUGCCACAAACCAAGAGCGUAAUGCCACCGCGGAUAGCUCGCUGUCGCCAGAUCAGGUGAAAAAAAUGCAUGAUCGCGUUCAAAAGACUAAAGACCAGGUUCAGAAGUGCCGAGAGAAAUAUGAACAGGCAAUAGCUGAGAUAACCAAAUACAAUUCCGUGUAUAUAGAAGAUAUGACGUCAGUUUUUGAAAAGUGCCAAGCAAUGGAAAAGACUCGGCUGGAGUUCUUUAAAGAGGUAUUAUUCAAUUUGCACGCAGUUUUAGAUCUAACCAAGGUACCAAGCUUACCGCAAAUAUAUGAAGAGUUUUACCACACCAUCAACAACGCCGAUCAUCAAAAAGAUUUGAAAUGGUGGUCGAAUAAUCACGGUGUUAACAUGGCAAUGAACUGGCCUGCCUUUGUGGAAUACACCGAAGAAUUCCGGGAUAUAGCAAAGGGUAGUAAAUCAAAAGAAGCUUUGCCAGCAGCCCCAAUUACCUUGAUUAACCAAAGGCCGGUUAAUGAAGAUCUACACGAAUAUUCGGGCACAUCUAGUUUGAAAAAAUCGAAUAAUUCGCAAACAUUUAAAUCAUCGGUCAAACCAGAUUCUUCCUCUACAGCUACCUCGCCCACAACAGCAACAGCGACAGCUGCAUCAAAUAAAACAACACAUACUCGCAACUCGAGCGUAACCAAUGGCAAAUCGAAUUCAACUGAUGCCAAUCCCUUCGAAGAGGAAGAAGAAUGGGAUGAGGGUGACAAUGUUUUGGUUGAUAAUGGCGAACCCGGAGUUCCAGUUAAAGCCCUAUAUGACUAUGACGGCGCUGAAAGUGACGAAUUAACAUUUAAACAAGGCGAUGUGUUUGAAAAACUGGAAGAUGAAGAUGAACAGGGUUGGUGUAAGGGACGUAUGAACGGUCGCGUUGGUCUGUAUCCUGCAAAUUAUGUGGAAGUUGUUCAUACGUAAAUCGUUGAACGAUUUUAAAUCAACAGCGUUGAUCACCACCUUCUAAACUUAUUACUACACUUUAUUUAUGCUAAAACAAUACGGAAACAACCAUAAAAACGAACAACAAUAAGAAGCAACCGAAGCUUUUGUAGCAUUUAUUAAGUAUUAAACAUCCCCCACAAUCCUGACAAAGACAACAUACUCCAGCUCCUUGGACCAUUCAUCUUGGACAGUAGCAAAACCAUUUGGAGAUCAUAUUUUCUACCUAGACCAGACACACACAAAAAAAACAAGAAAA